AUGGGUCUCUGUUCUUCCUUUCUCUCUUCCACCUCCCCACCUCCCCAAUCAUCUUCUUCCUUCAACAGACCUCUUUCAUCAGGUUCAACAAGCACCGUUGGAUUCUCUGCAACAACAAGCAGUGCAGGAAGGAGUCAAAUCUCCGAAAUAGCAAGUGGAAGCAUUGAUAGUGUUACGGAAGGGUCUCUUCCUGUGCCUGCUUCACCAGAUGGACAAAUUCUUGAAAGGCCAAAUUUGAAGGUUUUUAGUUACGCUGAUUUGAAAUCUGCUACCAGAAAUUUCAAACCGGAUACAUUACUUGGUGAAGGUGGUUUUGGAAAAGUUUAUAAAGGUUGGUUGGAUGAGAAAACUCUUAAUCCUGCUAAAACUGGUACUGGAAUGAUUGUUGCUAUAAAAAAAUUGAAUUCGGAAAGUACUCAAGGGUUUCAAGAAUGGCAGUCAGAAGUCAACUUUUUAGGAAGACUUUCUCACCCGAACUUGGUGAAGCUAUUGGGCUACUGUUGGGAUGAUGAAGAGCUUCUUCUUGUGUAUGAGUUCAUGCCAAAAGGAAGUUUGGAGAAUCAUCUUUUCAGAAGAAAUCCUAACAUUGAACCACUUUCUUGGAACACAAGAAUCAAAAUAGCUAUUGGUGCAGCUAGGGGUUUAGCUUUCUUGCAUGAGUCUGAAAAACAAGUUAUAUACCGAGAUUUUAAAGCCUCGAAUAUACUCCUUGACGGGAGUUACAAUGCAAAAAUUUCGGAUUUUGGAUUAGCUAAAUUGGGUCCUUCCGGAGGACAAUCACAUGUAUCUACAAGGGUCAUGGGCACAUAUGGUUAUGCUGCUCCAGAAUACAUUGCAACAGGGCACUUAUACGUGAAGAGUGACGUCUAUGGUUUUGGCGUAGUGCUAUUAGAAAUCCUGACAGCCAUGAGAGCGAUGGACACAAAGAGACCCUCAGGACAACAAAACCUAGUUGAAUGGGUGAAACCUUUUCUCUCCAACAAGAAAAAACUAAAAGGCAUAAUGGAUGGAAGAAUAGAAGGACAAUACUCACAAAAAGCAGCAAUACAAGCAGCAGCACUUUCUCUGAAGUGCCUAGAAGGUGACCCUAAACAACGUCCUUCUAUGAAAGAUGUACUUGAGUCAUUGGAAGCUAUUGAAGCAUUCAAGUCAAGUCCAAGGAAUCCAAGAAAAAUAGUUCACAUCAACCACCAGUUCAUCAAGCUGCUAGGCACCAGAGAUUUGUGA